UUUAAAAUGGCCGCCCCAAACAAGGCAAAGAAAAGCGUAGUUAUUGCUUUAGUAAACAUUCUGAAGGUUUUAAUUCAUAAUUCUUAAAUGGAUGGUACUAUCAGGAUACUUUUGCAGAGUUGCGUGGGUCGAAACAGCCUCGAAACGCUUCGCGAGUCAUAUGAAAAGCUCAAACGCGAAGGAGAUGGAAACAGAAAAAGUAGCGUUGGAACUGAUUUGUUCGUCUUAUGCGCCGAGAUUGCGUGUUUGUCCAAGAAAUAUACCAUAGCAGAAGAUUGCAUUAAGAUGUAUUUCAAGCAGUCUCCACCAAAGAAUCAAUACCUUUGCAGGGCAUACAUUUGUCAAGCUCAAAUACACGCUCCAUCGUCGACAAAGAAUCCUGAGCUCAUUGAUAAGGCUUUCGUUUUUAUAUUGAAAGCCAUAAAUUUUGCCAAGCAAAACUCAAGGUACUAUUUUCUUGUGUACAACGCAUCGGUUAUUUACUGGCAGCUAUGUCGAAUAUUUCUCAAGCGAAAUUACAAGAGAUUUUUGGCAAAGUCAUUAAAUCAAGUUGUCAAAGCAUUAGAUGAUAUUGAAGAUGAGGAUUAUCAAUGGAGAGGACAACUUAUGAUAGAACUGAUUAACUGCUAUCUUGAUGCUGGACAGAAGGAUGAUGCUAGCAACAUUGCUUCAGUCGCUGCACAGUUUACGAAAUCUAAUGCACCAAACCUUUACAAAAAUGUUUUAGCUCUUCAGAUUGAAUACAGACUUGCUGAUUAUGGAAAGCUUUCAAAGGAAACAAAAAGUUCUCCCGAUUUGCAUUUGUUCUUUAAAAUUCAUCGCUUGAAAGUACAACUUGCAGAAGAGAGAACUGAUGCAGCUUUGGAAUUGACGAAAUUUUACAAGCAGUUGACUGGAAUAACUGACACAGAAGUACCUGGGACAUCCACAGAAAAAUCUAUGACUAAUGUCUCUUCAUCUACUUUAGUAGCCAUGGACCCGACAGACAGAUUAUCUCUGGCAAUGGAACUUGCCACGAUAUGUAUGAAUCAUGGGGCAUCAAGUCUUUCAUCAGAUUGUCUUGACUAUGUUGAAAGACAGUCAAAGAAGCCUUCUACGAAUCUUAUGGUUAAAUUCUUGCGAUGUGAAUUGAUGGUGAAAUCGUUAGGGGAAAGACAGGAAACUUACUCACAGUCUGUCAUAAAGAUUCGACUGGAGGCGAUUGAGAUGUUUGAACAAUUGAUAUUGACGGCAUUACGACUUAGUGAUCCAACCGUUAUUGAGAUUGGAUGCACGAGUUUGUGGAAUCUGUGUCUUCCUUUACUGCAACUCAAUCUACGACAAUCAGUGCGCAAAGCUUUGCAUUCCGUUGCAGAUUCAUUAGAAAGUAUCGACAGCCUAAAUUGGUCAUUAAGAUGCCAGGUGCACACGGAGUUGGCUAAAUGCGAAGAGGAUGAGGAACAAGUCGAACAGGCCAUGAAUCACUUGAGAAAGGCAAUGUUGCUGGAUGAUGGUGGUGUCUAUCAGGAACGUUUAGGUACAUUACUUAAACGUCUUCAGCUUCGAGCCACAAUAUAUACAACACCUGAGAGACCAGAGGAUCUUGCUGCAAUGAUUAUAGAACAGGCUCGCAGCAGCGUUGACUCAGGAACAUCCAAAAUGAAACGGGCAUCUUUAGUGAAGGCAGGACAUGCACUUGCUCCCGAGGCGUUUGUACUCAUGUUGGAUAGUGAAAGUAAAGAUGUUGCUUCGUCGUCUAACAGUAAACAAGCUCCUAGUUAUCUUGAUAAACUCGCUGCAAGAGUCGAGUGUUUUGAUAAAGCUGUCGUCAUAGCGAUGGGACAUUUAAAAAGACUGGGCUCACACAACAACCAGGAGAGAGCGCGUAUUUGGGCGGAUCUCACAAAGACAGCUCGAAAACAACUGAUUUGGGAUGUGGCUCGUGUUGCUGCAAGAUUUUGUCUACUUUACGAUAAUGGCAGAUGGUCCAUGAAGCGAGAGAGCAAGCAGUUGAGUGAGGAUGAAUGUGGAUACGCCGAUGAAGAGAGGAGCAAUGGGGGACGUUCAUCAUCCGGUACGACAUCAUCGAAGAAAGGUGAAUCGAAGAAAUCGUUGAGUAGCAGUGAUGAAACAAGAUCCAACGUCGAGAAGGACUUAUUGCGAAUGUUUGCUGAAGUGCAUUUUAUCAAUGGUGAAGCUCUGAUUCAGUUUCUCAAAAGUUAUGGCGUCCAACUGGGUGAUACUCCCGUGUUACCUACUGUCGACGAUGUUGUUGCUCAUGAUUUAUCUUUGGAUUAUCAAGACUCGCCUCAAUGGAUUUUGUUUUGCAACUGGAUAGCUUCGCUCUCUCAGAUGGCAAUUUCAGAAUUUCAUCGUGCAUCCGAUAUUGGCAACGAACUUCGAGAGAUGUGGCUUGUAUGUAAUGCUGCAGUUUAUCUAUUAAAUUAUACGACCCAUUUAGUAACGCAGAAUCGUCACAGGGAACUGGUGCCCAUCUUAACGUGUAUUCUCGCAAACAUAAGAAACGUUGGUCAUUUAGGUGAGGGUGCCUUGCUAUGUCAAAUAUGCAAUUUGAUUGCAAUGGGUCUAAUACAGCCUUGGUAUCCGGCUUCAAGUAGCGAGAUAUCCGUAUUCCUCGGUAAAAAAAGCGAUGCAAAGAAGGAUAAGUCUGUUCCCAAGACUGCACCGAAGAUUACAACAACAGGACUUGAUCCCGAUGCCAACUCGGAACUCAGACAAGCUUUGGAGUGCCUUGACUAUGCGCUGCAAUUUACCAACGGUAAUGACAGAAGAAACAUGGUUCCUAUAUCAGUUCGUCAUUCUCUUAUCAAAACUUGGGUUCACUGUAAACAGCUUCUCUCUCAACAAAUUCCGAAAAACCUUGGCAACGAUUCUGAGGAUCCAAAGAGUCAAGGACCUAUGAGUCGAUGUCUUUGUGCUAUGGAAAUGCUCUCUGUUAGUCUUUAUGGAAUGAAUGACUUUACCACCUCGAUAACUAUAGCAGAGGUUGUUCGAAUGGCAGGUAACUGUGUAUGGAGUGACGAUCUUGUUGCUCUUGAAGUUUGGACACGUUUAGCUGUACUCGCAUUCAACGCCGAUAAUCAUCCUUUGGUUGUAAAGUGUGGCAAGAAAGCUCUUGCAUUUGAUACACAGGAGCCAAAGACGAAAAAGAAUAGAAAGAACAAACCAAGUGAUGAACACAACGAGAGGAACGAGCAACAGUUGUUUUACUACGCUUGCGUCAUAAUUGGCCAGUCUCUCGUGAGGGUAAUGAAGGGACAAAGACAAGUGAGGAUGGAGGCCUUAGAUUUUUUCGCAAAAGCUUGCAGUUAUAGUGAACGUACGAAAUGUUACAAUUUCGUCAUUACGGCUGCUCGACAUUACUGGAACACAGUAAAGCCGCUCGUUAACGAACCGUUGGAGAGACAGUUGUUGAAGGAGUCUCUGCAAACUGUUCUGCAAAGUCUGGCAAUAGUCAGUGAAAAGAACAUCGACAAAAACGAAGAAGUUUGUAUUCAAACAUGUUUGACUCCAUUUAUGUUUAGUAUUUAUUUCAACAUUUUUCAAAUACAUUCUUUGUUGAGGAUGAAGACGAAGAAAACGAGGAACGGACUCGGUCUUCUAUCAAGAAAAGCACGAAAGAAAAGAAAGAUACUGACCACAAAGAAAAAUGAAAAAAAUUGCAGCAACCGGCACGCAGUCUUCAAAACGACGAGAUCCAAAAAGUCUAUAGUGGUUAGUGAUACAUCGAAGAUGUCACUCGACAAUUCCAUCAAUCCUUAUGAAGAUGAUUUAAAAAUGAGAUCGGCAAUGUAUGAUGUUCUUUUUCAAGCUUUCAUUGACCAGGGAAAAUGGGAACUAGGUUUGAGUGCUAUGGAUCAAGCUGUUCGCGAUAUGCCUCGAACAUCACAUAGAUUGCGUAUUUUCAAACGUCGGGUGAUUGUAAAGGCCAAACUUGGUAAAGAUGUCCUUUUCGAUAUGGGAAAGUUCAAGGAUGAAAAUGAAAUGGUGAUUUCUGACAUUUGGCAUCAUGCCGCAUUAAAUUCCAUCCACCAAAAGGAACAACUGAAGGCGUACCAGAGUGCUAUUGAUGUGUUACAGAAUGAAAAAAGUCUUUGGCUGAAGGUAGAUCUUCUCUUUGAACUUGGUGAAUGGUUAUUUGUUAACGAAUUCCCCGUUCAAGACGCUGUCGAUCAGUUUAAUGAAGCUGUAGACAUUCUCAUGAACAAAUCGGAUUUGCCUAAAAACAAAGAGGUCCUCAUUUCUUUAUCAUCAGAAGAACCUCAAAGCAUGUCAUCUUUCUCAACUCAAGAAACACAAAGAGAAAGUGUCGUAUUGGAAAUAUCGGAUAUAAAGACCUUGGAUUAUUUAACCCGUGCUCAUAUUAUGUUGUCGCAGUUGGUCGGAAGAAAUUCACCAUUUUUCAUCAACUAUUGCUUGUGUGCAGUCGCAUGUGUCGAGCGAAUGUGGAAAGUAUCGAUAGAUGGUCUCGAGCACCGCGAAACUGUUUCAAAACGCGCGGAUACGCCAACUAAAAAGACAAACAAAAACAAAGAACAAAAGAGUCCAAAGGGGACAAAUCAACGGUUAAAUUAUCAUAUCCCACGACCCUUAGGAAUUGGGCAACCUUGGAUGUCACAGAUAAGGUUGCUGAGUGUUUUUGAACGACGAUCAAGGGGAUUUUAUAAAGAAGACUUCAUUUGGAUCACCCGUACGUAUGUUGUGUUAUCUGUUCAUUAUUUGAAAACGCUCAUCGAAAAGCUCUACAUUAUUGGCUAUCAUCAACUCUGUCUGCCAAUCAUGAGCCUCUUACGAUUCCUUGCAAAACACGUCAUCGAGAACAACCUGCUACUAAAGCUGUUUCAUUGGAGGAGCUUGGAGUUAUGCCAAGAGUUGCGUUUCGAGGAAGAAGUUUUAUAUCAUCAAGGAAUACUGGAAAAAGAUUUCGGAAACAAUGAUGAUGAAGUAGUCAAAUCAAGAGAAGAAAUUGAAAUGUGGCGGGAAAAACAACGUCGGGUCAAGAAGGGAGAGGAGAAUGUCCGAGUGACCAUGGAGUCUGGGAAUGAGAAUAUAGGCGACACGCAACAGAAAAAUACUGCUCUAAAUAAUAACUGGAUGUCAUUAAAACCAGAGUUGCGUAGAAUUGAAACAAGACAUGUAUGGACCGAACAAGCUGCCAUCUUUAUCAAUCAGGGUUAUUAUCAAGCUGCAAGAGAGUUAUUAAGUGAAGCUAACAAAUCUGCAGAGGCAUUUAACGAUGAGAAGGCUCGAGCGGAUAUCUUGUAUUACCUGGCGUUACUUGCUUACCACGAAUCAAACUGGCAACAAUGUGUUUUAUUGCUUCAAGAGUUACAGAAUUACAAACUGGAACAAGAUUCUUGGCUGAAGGCCAUCAUACUUCUUGUCGAUGCCGUCUGUGAGCAGAAGGACAGACAUGAUCCUCGAGGAACACGAGUGGAUGUUAAAGACAUAAGCAAGGCCAUAGUCAUUCUGAAGCAAUCGCUGACGAUUUUUAAAACUUUGAAGCAAGAUAGUCCCAACAAAGCUUGUUCGGCUGAGAUUAUACAAGCUAAACUCCUAGCAAAAUUGGGUAGUGUAACCGCUCUUUACGUGACGAAGGAAAAAGAUGAAAUGUCUCAUAUAGUCGAAGCUUGUGAGCUUUUGAAGCAAAGUGAAGUCAUUUUUCUUGCCUGUGACUAUAAACUGGAAGCGAUCGCUGCAAAAUGUGAUAUUGCUUCCCUAAUACGACGUCUUGCUGGUGGAAAGACGUCAAAACAAACCGAAGGACUCUCAUCUCUCUGCUCAACUGAAGAGUUGAGCAGCGCGAGUUUACCGAUCGAGCGAACCAGUGUUGAAACGAAAUUAAGUUUUGUUGAACUUGCUCUCGUUGUUAUGGAAGAACAUGCAGUUGAUGAACGACUUAGACGUAGUAAAGAAGCGAGAAAAGAUAGUGUUGAAAAGUUAAUCGAUGCCUUCGUUCAAGAAGAGCCAGUGAUGACCCAAGAAGAAAAAGAAUGGUUCCAAAUGACAAAGACCAUUGUGGAUGAAGUUUUAGCGUAUGUAACCGCAGCAUUCGGUCUGUGUUCAACUAUACCUUUUCUAAAAGCAAAGUGCUAUCUUUUGUUGGGCAAAUGUUUGAAAACACUUGCAAGUUAUCAUAACCCUGAUGAUGAACCACAAUGGAACAUGGAAAAGACCGUGUCAUCUCGUGCCACAGCUGAUUCUGUUGCAAGACCUACGACGGUUGACGAAGAGGACGAAGAAAACGAGCAAGAUGCUGUCGACCACCAAGAUUCUAAAGGCAAUAAAAUUGCAACAAGAAAAACUGAUAUUGCUAAACAUCUCACCAUUGCAUACAAUGACUCUCAACAAAUGCUUACACAAGCCGUUGAAUGUCUAACACAAUGCGUGCAGCUAUCCCUCAAGCAUGGCUUUAUUGAAAUAAUUUCGGAAGGCAGUUUUUCGCUCAUGGAUAUCACAGCCCAAUAUGAUAUGAAUACAUCUAGUUCCUAUUUGGCUUUAUAUCAGAGUUCUUCCAUGAGCCUUACGUUAGAUGUUUUGCUGAGAAAGGUCCAUACCGACAGCUCGUUGUCUCGUCUAGCUGCCCUUAUGAGACAGAGAGAAAUUUUGGCGAGGAAAUUUCUUCAUCAAGAAACAUUUUCAUCCGUGCUAGCAUCGACAUCUAAGACUUUGGGAGAAUUUGAGGCUUGGCGUCGUUUGAAUAUCUCAAACAAUCAUAUGGAAAUUUUAAGAGAAAUGUCUUGUCCUGGUGCUCUGUACUUGGUUCUACAGCAUUCUUACGACAGGUCACAUUUGUAUGCGGGUAUUAUGGAUAAAUCACGUACGGUAAUGUCUAGUGCAAAAACUGGAAAGAACACACGACACAGCGCUGCUUCCAGACCUAAAGCGUUCUUAUGCCGCGGCAAGGUUAUGAAGGGCGAGCUAAAGGCAUUGUCUAAGAAAUUCGAGACGUUUUGUAGUCAUCAAACAAGCGAAUUGAUUCGUCAAAGCUAUUUGCGACGUCAAGCUGUCGACACUCGAAACAUUUUUGAAAACUUGGAUGAUGAAUGCUUUGAGAAUAACGAGGAUGUUCUGCACGAUGAUUUGACGGUCAAAGAAAACGAAAACAAUCUUCAGCAAGACUACCUCACGCUUGUCAAUGAAAUGGAAUCAUAUCUUUCCCCUGUGUUGGAGCAAAUCGCAACUCACUUACGUAAAUUCGGUUUUCCCGAGAUGGUAGUGAUAUUUGCCGACCAAGAUCUGUUACGUUUCCCAUUGGAAUCGCUUUCGUUGUUCAAAUCACCCCAAAUACUAUGUAUUGCGAGAGACUUGUCAUUACAAAUGCAUUAUCAUCGCUUAUGUAGUUUAGAAAGCACAGCUGCUGAACCAGUAAAUGAUAUAAAAAAGAGUGGAGGUAAAAAGGCUGGAGGUAAAAGUGAUCUUCCGUCCAAUGAUAAAUCUCAGGAUAAAAAAGGUGAAAAAAAGCUACCCAAGGAACAAGGAACGACAAAGGAAAGCAUUCAUGUUGAUAUUUCAAAUUUCCGAUACAUUUUCGAUCCUUACAACGAUUGUACGGAAGUUGAAGGCGAAAGUUCCGAAAAAGUUUUAAAUAAUCUCAUCGUCAACUAUCGUCAGUAUUCGGCAAAGUGGAAGGGACUGUGCGGUACAAACUACGUCCCAAGCCUCGGAGAGUGGCAAAAAUUGAUGAAGGAAAGCUCGAUUUUUGUAUUUUAUGGCACCCAGAAAUGCUUGUACAAUCUCCCUCCCGCGCUGCUUGUGUCGUCUUGCUUACAAGACUGUGAUGUCGUGAUGACAUUUGAUCUUGCUUCAACAAGCGAAAGUUACUUACGUCAGUCUACUCUGGAUGCGACAAAAACAUGCAGUGAACUAACUCUUCUCUUCCCAUUUGAAUCAGCUGCUUUAUUAACUCUUGCCGGUGUUAAUUGUCUCGUCGCAAACCAAUGGAAUUGCAAACUGCGAGACAAUAGAAGAGUACUGAUAAAGAUUCUCCAAGCUGCCAUAGAGGAGAACAAGACCAUUGGCCAUGCAUUGCACACCACUAGGAUAGAGAAGGUAGAUAAACGUUCCGACCAAGAUGAUUCACCAGAAGACAACAGUUUGGAAGGAGUUCGUGAAGUUAGUCGAAUUGCUAAAGAUAACACUGUCCUGUAUGGUUUGCCUUAUUUCUUGCUCAAUCCAGUCAAGUCGUAGUCAUGAUUGGUCAUUCAAAAGUUUAUUAUUUAUUUAUAUGUUUUCACCUUGUAUUAAGUGUAUAUUUUAAAAGUUUUGUUAACUUUUUUUAUUCGCGAUUUUUUUUUCUUUGUGGACUUUUAUCAAUCCAAAAUUGCGUAAUUGUCAGCCAACAAUACCCGUAAAUACAUAAGGAAAGCGCUUGCUCAUGAUGUAUACUGUAAUAUAAACUAUUACAAGAAA